ACCGCAGACUCGAAUGGUCUAAAAAGCAAAGGUGUAUCGCUAGUGUUUCGCGUUAUUUAAUUUUUUAUAUGAAACUUGCCGCUGUAUACUUAAGAGGGAAAAACAGCAAAGUAAAAGAAGAACAAAAAAAGAAAUAAAAACAAUCGAAAUAGUUUCAUAAAAUUGUUGCUUCGCGUAAGCAAUAGCGGUUAGUAAUAAAAAUUUAAAAAGAUACAUUAAUAUAGUGAAGAAAACAAACACAUAAUUUUAGUUUUUGUAUACAGGUACAUACAUAUUUAGGCUUUGAAAAUGGAAAUCACAAGAAUUAUGUCGAAUACAAUAACAAUACGAUGGGCUAUAAUUUUAAUUACAACUAUUAUUGGUCUUCUUGCAUUGGUAAAUGCCAAAACAGGGCCAACACAUGAUAAAGUUGUUGUUUGUUAUAUAGCAACAUGGGCAGUUUAUAGACCUGGUAAAGGAUCAUAUGCAAUAGAAAAUUUCGAUCCAAAUUUAUGUACACACGUUGUAUAUGCAUUUGCUGGCUUAGACAUUACAAAAGAUGCCAUCAAAUCCUUAGAUCCUUGGCAAGAUCUGAAAGAUAAUUAUGGAAAAGGUGGUUUUGAAAGAAUUAAUAAAUUAAAAAAAAUUCAUCCACAUUUAAAAGUUACAUUGGCAAUCGGUGGUUGGAAUGAAGGUUCUAAAAAUUAUUCAAUGUUAGCAUCAGAUCCAGCAAGACGUCAACGUUUUGUUAAGCAAGUAUCAGAAUACAUAAGGCAAUAUAAUUUUGAUGGAUUAGAUUUAGAUUGGGAAUAUCCGACACAGAGACAAGGUGAACCUGAAGAUAGGGAAAAUUUUGUUGCGCUGGUCAAAGAAUUACGUUCUGAAUUUAAUAAACAUAAUUUAAUAUUAACAUCAGCUAUUGGUGCAUCAAAAACUGUUAUUGAUCAAGCUUAUGAUGUUCGUACCUUAUCAAAAUUAUUAGAUUUUAUGCAUAUUAUGUGUUAUGAUUAUGGUGGUAGUUGGGAUAGAAAAGUUGGAGCAAAUGCACCAUUAGCCGGUGAUGGACCACUAAAUGUUAUGUUUACUAUCGAAUAUUUAAUUAAAUUGGGUGCAUCGCCAUCAAAAAUUGUUAUGGGAUUACCAUUCUAUGGGAGAACAUUUAAAACACAAUUCGAUGGAUAUUAUGGUGAUGCUGCCGAUGAUGUUGGUUUUCAAGGACCUUAUACAAAAGAAAAUGGAUUUUUAGGUUAUAAUGAAAUUUGUUCAAUGCUAUCAAAUAAAACUUCUGGAUGGAAAAGAGAAUGGGAUGCACCUACAGCACAAUCUAUUGCACGUUUCAAAGAUGAAGAAAUGGAUAAUACAUUGGUUGUUACAUACGAUAGUACACGUUCAAUUGCUAAUAAAAUGAAAUUUGCAAUGAAAAAAGAAUUAGCUGGUGCUAUGAUAUGGUCAAUUGAUACUGAUGAUUUUUUGGGUGAAUGUGAUAUUGAAGAUGAUACAUAUAGUGAUUAUGGUGAUAUGCCUGGUGUUAAAUUAAACUAUCCAAAAAGAAUAAAUACCAAUUAUCCAUUAUUAAGGACAGUUAAUGAAGGUAUUGUAUUAGCAUUAGAUGAAAUUGAACAAGAGAAUGAAAUACGUAAUAGAGAAAAAGAGAAUGAAAUACCUCAUGGUGAAAAUACACAGGAUUCAGAACAAAAUAAUGGAAUUAAAUCAUUUAAUAGCUUUAAGGUUUAUUUAAUUGGUAUAUCACUUAGUUUUUUUGUCACAUUCUAUUUAAGAGCAUCUUAGAAGCAAAAACACUUCAUGAUAUUAAGUUAAAUGUACCUACAAUGUAUAUGUAUAGAUGUAAAAAGAGAAUAAUUUUUAGUUUUCAUUAUGUUUACUUAUCUUUUAUAUGUAAUAAAUACAAAUAUAUAAUCUAUAUGUAUUUAGUUUUACAAUUGUGUAAUUAAAGAAGAAAAAACUGUAAUUUUAAGGAUGCAUCAUCAAUUUGUUUGAUAUAAGAAGAACAGAAAACCCAAACAACAGAGAACAAAAAUUAUUUUUAAAAUUAAGAAUGCUGUGAGAAUAGAAAGUUUUUUUUUUUUGUAUGACAAAAAUUAAAAAUUUAAACAAGAAAUUGUAAUUUCAAUAAUACGAUUUUGGUUUAAGUAAAAAGUAAUAGACAAUAAGUUUGAGAUUUAAGAAAAAUAUUUAAUUUUCCUUUUACUUUUAAUUUAGAAGUUUUCAAAUUAAUAAAUUUUUAUAUUUUUGUCUAAG